GCGGGGGUGGGUUUUUGGUUUGUUUUUUUUUUUUUUUUUUUUUCCCUCCCCUCUUCUGUCGUGGCCGGCCGAGGGACUAAGCGGAGAUCAAUGAAGGAAAGAAGAGCGAGCCAGAAGUUAUCGAGCAAGGCGGUGAUGGAUCCCAACCAGAACGUGAAGUGCAAGAUCGUGGUGGUGGGGGACAGCCAGUGCGGGAAGACCGCGCUGCUCCACGUCUUCGCCAAGGAUUGCUUCCCCGAGAGCUACGUCCCCACCGUGUUCGAGAACUACACGGCGAGCUUCGAGAUCGACACGCAGCGCAUCGAGCUCAGCCUCUGGGACACCUCGGGGUCUCCUUAUUAUGACAACGUCCGUCCCCUCUCCUACCCAGAUUCUGAUGCUGUCCUGAUCUGCUUUGACAUCAGUAGGCCAGAAACUCUUGACAGUGUCCUAAAAAAGUGGAAAGGUGAAAUCCAGGAGUUUUGCCCCAACACCAAGAUGCUCCUGGUGGGCUGCAAGUCGGAUCUGCGCACGGAUGUCACCACGCUGGUGGAGCUCUCCAACCACAGGCAGACCCCCGUGUCCUACGACCAGGGUGCAAAUAUGGCCAAGCAGAUUGGAGCAGCCACGUACAUCGAAUGCUCAGCCUUACAGUCAGAAAACAGCGUCAGAGACAUUUUUCACGUCGCCACCUUGGCUUGUGUGAACAAAACAAACAAAAACGUGAAACGGAACAAAUCGCAGAGGGCGACAAAGCGAAUCUCACACAUGCCCGGCAGGCCAGAACUGUCCACAGUGGCCACAGACUUGAGAAAGGACAAAGCAAAGAGUUGCACAGUGAUGUGAAGGACCUUUGGAUUUUCCCUGGAGGAGGAGGAGAACGUCCAGGAGGGGGUUGGUUGGAGGCUCAAUGAAGUACAAAAGCCACGUGGUGUUUUAAUGAGGGGCUUUAAUGGAGACUUCGCCUGGUGGGUGAGACUGUGCUUAGAAGAAAAAAAAAAAGAGGCUCUUUGAGGUGGCAUCAGGAAAUGACACGUUGAAGAAAAUGCCAAAAAGCAAAAGAAUAAAAGGGAAACAAAAUGUUUGAAUGUUGCUGAGAGAAGAGUGAAUGGGAAAACAACACUGCAAAGGAGAGAUGUCGUGGACAGUGGUCGUUUCUUUUUAUUAACGCUCUGCUCCUGGAUGCUACCACUUUGAUUUCAUUAAAAUAAUACUUUAAUGUUUGGGGUUUUUUUUUUUUUUUUAAUGAAGACGUUAUUAACGUGCCCUUCUCAUUAAGGAACUUACCCCUGUGACCUUCUAGUUGGUUUUCCAAAGGAUAUGAUCUAAUUUUUUUUUAGUAGCUCAUUGUGAAAAUGGAGAGGAUUCCGAGGCUCGCGUGUCACCUGGAGGAAAACGCUGUGUGGGAAGAGUCUGGAGUUUUGUGUGAUCCACGCUUGGGAUGAAGACACCUGUUGGAGGAUUCCCAGUAUUCUAGGUGGAAAUGGAUGGAAUUUUGGGGGCGUGGGGGCACAGCUCCUGCCCCCCUUGCAGGACUCUGGCUCGCUGUUCCUCUCUGUGGUCGUGGCGUGGGGUGGCCGUGGCCUCCAGUCGUGGUGUUGUGUGUGGGUACGUCGCUGUAGGUCCCAGUGCAAGGUGCUAAGAGCUAGGAUUGACUAAUGAUCCUUGGUUUUACAACCAGGAGAAUUCCCUAAAGCCUUACUGCCCACCUGGGGAAGCAGCCCCCCAGCCUCCUGUGCUCCUGGCAGGAGCUGGAGAGCCGGGGGGGAAUCCUGGGAUAAACCCUGCAGAGAAGGGCUGUUCUGGGAUGUGGUUGCAAAAGGAACCCCCCCAAAAAAAUCUGCAAAUGAGCCAGCAGAGCCAGGGCAUCUUUGGUGAUGCUCUUCAUUUUGGGAGGGGCAGCCAUCUCCUGCUGCAGGUGGGUGAGGAAAUGGGGUCUGAAGAACUGUGAGGCCUUAAGGGGUCCCCAGUGGGAACUGGAUGCUGCCCUUAGUCUUUCAAAUGAACCCACAAGUAUCCAGACACCAGUCAUGGAACACGGGGGAACCGGUUGAGGCAAAUUCCUUUUGGCUUAAUGUUGUUCCACUGAAUAAAUCAGCCUUUUAAAGUGUGUUUGCAACUCCCUGACCCACUAAACUUCUCUCAAAAGAAGGAGACUCUUAAGCUCUACCCAGUGUGGUUGCUGCUUGUGGAGGACAAGCAUUUCAUUCCCAAGGGUGAUGCUUCAUUUUUGAAGUGUUAAAAGCUGCGUUCACUUGUGCAAAGGUGAAGGGUUGCCAUGAUUAUUAACUCUUAAUUAAAACUCAGUUCUGUGUGUGUGUGUUCCUGGCACUUUGUU